CAGCGCCCGACGCGGCCGGGGGCGAAGACGACCCCCGAACGGGCUCUGACAGCGCCUCCGGAGACGGCCUGGCGGCGGCCCCUGGGGGCCGGUCGAGGGACCGUCGCAGCGGGGUCGUCUUGCCAGUCGCUGCAGGGGCCCCGGCGGAUAGCGAGGCUGGCCUCUUGGAGGCGGCGCGGGCUACCCCCAGGCGCAGCAGCAUCAUCAAGGAUCCUUCAAACCAAAAAUGUGGUGGAAGAAAGAAAACUGUGUCUUUCAGCAGCAUGCCAUCGGAGAAGAAAAUUAGCAGUGCGAGCGACUGCAUCAGCUUCAUGCAAGCUGGCUGUGAACUGAAGAAAGUUCGGCCAAACUCUCGCAUUUACAACCGCUUUUUCACUCUGGACACAGACCUCCAAGCUCUUCGCUGGGAACCUUCCAAGAAAGACCCCGAGAAAGCUAAACUGGAUAUUGCUGCCAUCAAAGAGAUCAGGCUGGGGAAGAACACAGAAACUUUUCGAAACAAUGGCCUUGCUGACCAGAUCUGUGAGGACAGCGCCUUCUCCAUACUCCACGGGGAAAAUUACGAGUCUCUGGACCUCGUUGCCAAUUCAGCAGAUGUAGCCAACAUUUGGGUGUCAGGGUUACGGUACCUGGUUUCUCGAAGUAAGCAACCGCUCGAUUUUAUGGAGGAUAACCAGAAUACGCCAAGAUUCAUGUGGUUGAAAACAGUGUUCGAAGCAGCAGAUAUCGAUGGGAAUGGAAUCAUGUUGGAAGACACUUCUGUAGAGUUAAUAAAGCAACUCAACCCUACCCUGAAGGAGUCCAAGAUCAGGUUAAAGUUUAAAGAAAUCCAGAAGAGCAAAGAAAAGCUAACCACUCGAGUGACAGAAGAGGAAUUUUGUGAAGCUUUUUGUGAACUCUGCACCAGGCCAGAAGUGUAUUUCUUACUUGUACAGAUAUCGAAAAACAAAGAAUAUUUGGAUGCCAAUGAUCUGAUGCUCUUUUUAGAAGCUGAGCAAGGAGUUGCCCAUAUCACUGAGGAUAUGUGCUUAGACAUCAUUCGGAGAUAUGAACUCUCUGAAGAGGGACGUCAAAAAGGAUUUCUUUCAAUUGAUGGUUUUACCCAGUAUUUGUUGUCACCAGAAUGUGACAUUUUUGACCCUGAGCAAAAAAAUGUUGCCCAGGAUAUGACCCAGCCAUUAUCUCACUACUACAUCAAUGCCUCUCACAACACCUAUCUCAUAGAAGACCAGUUCAGGGGGCCAGCUGAUAUUAAUGGGUAUGUUAGAGCUUUGAAAAUGGGCUGUCGAAGCAUUGAACUUGAUGUAAGUGAUGGUUCAGACAAUGAGCCAAUCCUCUGUAAUCGAAAUAACAUGACAACACACCUUUCCUUUCGAAAUGUCAUAGAGGUGAUAAACAAAUUUGCCUUUGUUGCUUCUGAAUAUCCACUAAUUCUUUGCUUGGGGAACCACUGCUCCCUAACACAGCAGAAGGUAAUGGCUCAACAGAUGAAAAAGGUCUUUGGCAAUAAACUCUACACCGAAGCACCUUUGCCAUCAGAAUCCUACCUCCCAUCACCAGAAAAAUUAAAAAGAAUGAUCAUAGUGAAAGGAAAGAAAUUGCCUCCUGAUUCAGAUGUUUUAGAAGGAGAGGUCACAGAUGAAGAUGAAGAAGCUGAAAUGUCUCGAAGGAUGUCAGUGGAGUACAAUGGCGAGCAGAAACAAAUCUGGCUGUGCAGGGAGCUCUCUGAUUUGGUAUCUAUUUGUAAAUCUGUUCAGUACAGGGAUUUUGAGCUGUCUAUCAAAAGCCAAAACUAUUGGGAAAUGUGUUCCUUUAGUGAAACAGAGGCCAGCCGAAUUGCAAAUGAAUACCCCGAGGAUUUUGUAAAUUAUAACAAGAAGUUCUUAUCAAGAAUCUAUCCAAGUGCCAUGAGGAUAGAUUCCAGUAACUUGAAUCCACAGGACUUUUGGAACUGUGGCUGUCAGAUUGUGGCAAUGAAUUUUCAGACUCCAGGUCCAAUGAUGGACCUUUACACAGGCUGGUUUCUUCAAAAUGGAGGAUGUGGUUACGUUCUAAGGCCAUCUAUUAUGCGGGAUGAAGUUUCUUACUUCAGUGCAAAUACAAAGGGCAUUGUACCAGGGGUGUCUCCUCUAGCUCUUCAUAUCAAGAUCAUCAGUGGUCAGAAUUUUCCAAAGCCCAAGGGAGCUUGUGCCAAAGGGGACGUCAUAGAUCCCUAUGUGUGUAUAGAGAUACACGGAAUACCAGCGGACUGUUCGGAACAAAGAACUAAAACUGUACAACAAAACAGUGAUAAUCCGAUUUUUGAUGAAACUUUUGAGUUUCAAGUGAAUCUACCUGAGCUGGCCAUGAUCCGUUUUGUUGUUCUGGAUGAUGACUACAUUGGGGAUGAGUUUAUAGGGCAAUAUACGAUACCGUUUGAGUGUUUGCAGCCUGGGUAUCGGCAUGUUCCCCUGCGCUCUUUUGUGGGUGACAUCAUGGAGCACGUAACCCUGUUUGUCCACAUAGCAAUAACCAAUCGCAGUGGAGGAGGAAAGGCACAGAAGCGCAGCCUUUCAGUGAGAAUGGGGAAGAAAGUUCGAGAAUACACCAUGCUCAGAAAUAUUGGUCUUAAAACCAUAGAUGACAUCUUUAAAAUAGCAGUUCAUCCCUUACGAGAAGCCAUAGAUAUGAGAGAAAAUAUGCAGAAUGCCAUAGUCGCGGUUAAGGAACUGUGUGGACUUCCUCCGAUUGCCAGUCUGAAGCAGUGCCUAUUAACCCUGUCCUCUCGGCUCAUCACCAGUGACAACACCCCCUCAGUCUCUCUUGUGAUGAAAGACAACUUUCCAUAUCUGGAGCCUCUGGGGGCAAUUCCAGAUGUGCAGAAAAAGAUGCUGGCUGCUUAUGAGCUGAUGAUACAAGAGAGCCGGUUUCUCAUAGAAAUGGCUGACACAGUCCAGGAAAAGAUUGUGCAGUGUCAGAAAGCAGGGAUGGAAUUCCAUGAGGAACUUCAUAAUCUGGGAGCAAAAGAAGGAUUGAAAGGAAGAAAACUCAACAAGGCAACAGAGAGCUUUGCUUGGAACAUUACAGUAUUGAAGGGCCAAGGAGAUCUGUUAAAGAACGCAAAGAAUGAAGCUCUAGAAAACAUGAAGCAGAUCCAGCUGGCGUGCUUGUCGUGUGCACUUAGCAAGGCCGCCAGCAGCAGCGCCGAGACCAAGGGCAAGCGCGGCCUGGAAGCCAUAGAGGAGAAGGAGAGCAGUGAGGAGAACGGGAAGCUGUGAUCCGGACGGAGCAGUAUCGACAUGUCCACGUCCUUCCUGUCGAAGACUGUGUGUUCUUUCUGGUUUUCUUUCUUUAAGGAUUUUAGACAUUCACAAAAAGAUGCCCUCUAUGGAAUGUUGGACAUAUACAGAUAUUUUCACAAUGUCAGUAUUUUCACAUAAGUUAAUUUAUCUAAGUUAAAAUGUUAAGUAGCAGUGUUUUAAAUUCUGAGAUGUGUGUACACACCUAUGUAUGGAUGUGGGUGGAAGUGUGUGUGUGUGUGUGUGUGUGUGUGUGUGUGUGUGAGUGUGUGAGAGAAAGACAGACAGAGAGA